UUUGUCCACCAAAUAUUUGUUGGAAUAACUUGUCACAUAAUCUUCCUUUACUAGAAAACCCCUGAAAGAAUCCAAAUUUUGGUGUCACUGAUUAUUUCUCUAAAACUGAAAAAAAAUGCCUUGUAUUGCAUUCAAAGGAAAAUCUGGUUUCUCAGCUAAAAACACAGCUGAAGAUGUUACAGAUGGAGUUGAUGGCCAUGGCUUAACUGCCAUCGUUACAGGACCAACAAGUGGAAUUGGCUUAGAAACCGCACGUGUCCUAGCUUUGCGUGGUGUGCAUGUAGUUAUGGCAGCUAGAAACGUGGAAGCCGCUACUAAGUGUAAAGAAACCAUAAUAAAAGGUUGUCCAAGUGCUACCAUUGAUGUUAUGCAGGUUGAUAUAAGUUCACUAGAAUCCGUAAGAAAGUUUGCAGAUGAGUACAUUUCAAAGGGUCUACCCCUCAACAUUCUCAUUGCUAAUGCAGGGGUGAUGCUUGCUCCGUUUUCCCUUUCAAAAGAUGGAAUUGAGAUUCAGUUUGCAACUAACUAUCUUGGGCAUUUCCAUUUGACGAAUCUGCUGCUGGAUACAAUGAAAAAUACUGCUAAAAAUUGUGGAAAAGAAGGAAGAAUCAUCAUAGUUUCAUCAGAAGGUCAUAGGAUGCCUUACAAAGGGGGAAUUAUGUUUGAUAAGCUCAACGAUGAGAAAUGCUACAAUAGUUUCUAUGCUUAUGGACAAUCAAAGCUUGCUAAUAUUCUACACGCUAAGGAGCUAGCAAGGCGCCUCAAGGAAGAAGGCGUAGAUAAUAUAACGGUCAACGCAUUGCAUCCUGGAGUCAUUGCAACUAAUCUUGGACGUCAUGCGAGCUGUAUGUCAGCUUUCUUAUUUAACCCACUCUUCAAAUGCUGUCAAAAGAAUAUCCCACAGGGAGCUUCAACAACAUGCUACUUGGCAUUGAAUCCACAAGUUAAAGGGGUUAGCGGCGAGUAUUUCUACGGCAACAAUUUGGCUAAACCAAGUAGUAAGGCUGAAGAUGCCGAGCUGGCCAAGAAACUGUGGGAAUGUGGCAUGAAGUUGACCGAAAAUAAAUGAUUAAAAAUGUUAAAAUUUGUGUUUCGUAUGUAUUAAAAAAGGUAACCCACACCCUGCGGCCACCAUAAUGUUUCUUUUGUAAUAUACUCCAUGUUUUGGUCGUUUUUUUCCUUCUUGUAAUGAAUAUCGUGGACGAUUGUUUGAGAGUGAUUUUGAACGUUUUCUAGAACCGGAUUGCGUUGUAAA